AUGUCCGAGGGGGUGGAUCUGAUCGAUAUCUACGCCGACGAGGAGUUCAACCAGGACUCGGAGUUCAGUAAUGCCGAUCAGAUGGACCUGUACGACGACGUGUUAGCAGCCAGCUCGCAGCCCUCCGAAAACCGCACCCCCAGCUCCGAGGCACCCCCGGAGAUCCGUCAGGAGCCGUCUCCCAAACCCAACAGCAAACCUCCCGCCAUCCUGUACACCUACAGCGGGCUGCGCAACAAGAGAGCCGCCGUCUACGUGGGCAGCUUCUCCUGG